AUGUUGACUAUUCUACAUGAGAUUGGCAAAAACCGUGACCCCGAAACCGGCUUGAUUGAUUUGGACUCAUUCAAGAUUGUUUAUAUUGCCCCUAUGAAGGCUCUGGUAGCAGAAAUGGUUGGCAAUUUCUCCAAACGUCUGAGACCCUAUGGAGUACAGGUAGCUGAAUUGACUGGUGAUCGCCAACUUACAAAGCAGCAGAUUGCCGAAACACAAAUUAUUGUUACCACACCCGAGAAGUGGGAUGUAAUUACUCGUAAAGCAACCGAUCGCAGCUACACCACUCUUGUGAGACUUAUUAUUAUUGAUGAAAUUCACUUGCUUCACGAUGACCGUGGACCAGUACUUGAAAGUAUCGUGUCGCGUACCAUCCGUAAUAUGGAACAGACUCAAGAGCUUGUUCGCCUCGUUGGUCUGUCGGCAACCCUUCCCAAUUAUGCAGAUGUUGCAGCAUUCUUGCGUGUAGACGCCAAGAGUGGUCUCUUUUUCUUUGACAGCACAUUCCGUCCUUGCCCGUUGAAGCAGCAGUUUAUUGGUGUAACCGAAAAGAAGGCAAUUAAGAGAUUCCAGGUCAUGAACGAAGUCUGUUAUGAAAAGGUUAUUGAGCAAAUUGAACAACGUGAAGAAAACCAGGUGCUUGUGUUUGUACAUUCGCGUAAGGAGACCGCAAAGACCGCAAAGACACUUCGUGACCUUGCGCUUGAAAAAGAUACUAUCGGUCGCUUCCUCAAACAAGAUUCUGCAAGUCGUGAAAUUCUUCAAUCUGAGGCUGCAACUGUCAAGGAUGCCAAUCUUCAGGAUCUGUUACCCUAUGGUUUUGCUAUCCAUCAUGCUGGUAUGACUCGCGCUGACCGUACUUUGGUUGAAGAACUCUUUGCCGAUGGCCACAUCAAGGUUCUUUGUUCCACUGCAACUCUUGCUUGGGGUGUCAACUUGCCAGCUCACGCUGUUAUCAUCAAGGGUACACAGAUAUACUCACCUGAAAAGGGUCGCUGGGUCGAAUUAUCACCUCAGGAUGUAUUGCAGAUGCUAGGUCGUGCAGGUCGUCCGCAGUUCGAUACCUACGGUGAAGGUAUCAUCAUUACAGCACACGCAGAACUUCAGUACUAUCUCUCACUUCUCAACACACAAUUACCUAUCGAGUCUCAGUUUAUCUCUCGACUUGCUGACAACCUCAACGCAGAGAUUGUUUUGGGCACUAUUCGUAACCGAGAUGAGGCUGUGCAAUGGCUUGGAUACACUUACCUCUACGUCCGUAUGCUGAGAAACCCAAGUCUCUACAACGUAUCCGCAGAUGAUCUCAGUGAUGAUCCUUACCUGGAACAAAAGCGGGUCGAUUUGAUCCAUUCUGCUGCUGCUGUUCUCGAUAAGUGUAACCUGAUUAAAUACGACAAGAAGUCUGGCCGUUUCCAGGUUACCGAGUUGGGUCGCAUUGCUUCUCACUUUUAUGUUACCCACCACUCUAUGGCCACUUACAAUCAGCACUUGAAGCCCAUGAUGAGCCACAUUGAACUCUUUAGAGUCUUUGCUCUUUCUGACGAGUUUAAAUACAUUCCUGUGCGUGAGGAGGAGAAGCUCGAACUCUCGAAAUUGCUCGAGCGUGUACCUAUUCCUGUCAAGGAAAGUCUGGAAGAACCCACAGCAAAGAUCAACGUCCUGUUGCAGUCCUACAUUUCUCAGCUGAAAUUAGAUGGUUUCGCCUUGGUGUCUGAUAUGGUAUAUGUUACUCAGAGUGCAGGCCGUAUUUUACGUGCCAUUUUUGAGAUCUGCUUGAAGCGCGGCUGGGCACAGCUUACCAAAAAAGCCCUUGAUCUCUGUAAGAUGGUUGAGAAGCGUUCUUGGUUGUCUAUGUCACCUCUGCGCCAGUUCAAGGCUAUGCCUUCCGAUUUGAUUAAGCGGUUGGAGCGAAAGGAGUUCCCCUGGGAGCGUUACUUUGAUCUCAACCCCCAGGAGCUUGGUGAGCUUGUUGGUCAACCCAAGGCCGGACGUCAGCUCCAUAAGUUUAUCCAUCAAUUCCCUCGACUUGAUAUCCAAGCCCAUGUCCAACCCGUCACCCGUUCUCUGCUCAAGAUGGAAUUGACCAUCACUCCUGAUUUCCAGUGGGAUGAAAAGGUUCAUGGUACUGCUGAAGCUUUCUGGAUCCUAGUAGAGGAUGUCGAUGGCGAAACCAUUCUUCAUCACGAUUACUUUAUUCUCAAGCAGCGUUAUGCAACAGAAGAUCAUUUGGUAUCCUUCACUGUACCACUUUACGAGCCUCUGCCUCCCAAUUACUUUGUUACUGUUGUGGCUGAUCGCUGGUUGCAUGCUGAGACCAAGCUCCCUGUCUCAUUCAAGCAUCUGAUCCUUCCUGAGAAGUACGCGCCUCACACCGAACUUCACGAUCUCCAGCCUUUACCAGUUUCUGCCCUUCGUAACCCAGCUUAUGAAAAUGUGUAUUCUCGCUGGAUUAAGCAAUUUAACCCUAUCCAGACCCAAGCAUUUAAUGCACUUUAUACCACUGAUGACAACGCCUUUAUUGGUGCUCCCACAGGUAGUGGCAAGACUGUUUGUGCAGAGUUUGCAAUCCUCCGUAUGUGGAAUCAGCAGAGUAAAGGACGCUGUGUGUAUGUAGCUCCCUUCCAGGAGAUUGUUGAUCAGCGUGUUGUCGACUGGCAGGAGAAGUUUGGCAAAUUGGAUGGUGGAAAGGAAAUUGUGGCUCUGACCGGCGAGACCAGUGCCGAUCUCAAGUUGCUUGAACGUGGUGAUAUUAUUGCAUGCACACCCACACAAUGGGAUAUUGUGUCACGCCGUUGGAAACAGAGAAAGAAUGUGCAGAAUGUCAACUUAUUUAUUGCAGAUGAGUUGCAUUUGAUUGGAGGAGACAUUGGUCCUACUUAUGAGGUUAUUGUGUCCCGUAUGCGUUACAUUGCUUCGCAGACCCAGAAGACUAUCCGUAUUGUUGCCUUGAGUACAUCGUUGGCUAACGCAAAGGACCUCGGAGAGUGGAUCGGUGCUCCUUCCCAGGCUAUCUUUAACUUCCAUCCUUCUGUACGCCCUGUACCUCUUGAAAUUCAUAUUCAAAGCUAUAAUAUCCCUCACUUCGCCUCUUUGAUGAUGGCCAUGGCCAAACCUACUUAUUUGGCCAUCACUACCCAUUCUGCAGAAAAACCUGUGAUUGUAUUUGUACCUUCUCGCAAGCAGUGCCGACUGACAGCUGUGGAUAUCAUCACUUACUGUAUUGGGGAUGACACACCCGAUCGUUUCUUACACUGCAAAAUUGAAGAAAUCAAACCUUUCUUAGAUCGUGUCCAAGAUAAGAAUUUGGCAGAAACUCUUGAGCAUGGUAUUGGUUUCUACCAUGAGGCGCUUUCCAAACAAGAUAAGUUGAUUGUCGAACAGCUCUACACAAACAAAGCUAUUCAGGUGGUUGUGGCCUCACGUGAUACCUGCUGGGGAUUGCCAUUAAACUCUCACAUGGUAAUUGUGAUGGGAACACAGUAUUUCGAGGGCAAGGAUCAUCGUUAUGCAGAUUACCCUAUUACCGAUGUUUUGCAAAUGAUGGGUCGUGCAUGCAGACCUCGUGAAGAUGACACUGGAAAGUGUGUGUUGAUGUGCCAGGCCAACAAGAAGGAGUUUUACAAGAAGUUCUUAUACGAGGCUCUUCCUGUUGAAUCUCACCUUGAUCAGUUUAUUCAUGACCAUUUCAACGCCGAGAUUGUGACCAAGACUAUCGAAAAUAAGCAGGAUGCUGUGGAUUACCUCACAUGGACAUUCUUGUACCGUCGUAUGGCACACAAUCCCAACUACUAUGGGCUUCAGGGUACCAGCCAUCGUCAUUUGUCCGACCAUCUUUCCGAGCUUGUUGAGAAUACCUUGAACGAACUCCAGGAGACCAAGUGUAUUACUGUUGAAGACGAAAUGGAUGUGAGCCCACUCAACCUGGGUAUGAUUGCGGCAUAUUACAACAUUAACUACGGUACCAUCGAUAUGUUCAGUGUCAGUUUGAAGAGUGCUACCAAGCUCAAGGGGUUGCUCGAGAUUGUUUCUGCUGCUACAGAAUUUGAGGGUAUUCCUAUUCGUCACCACGAAGAUGCUGUAUUGAAACGUCUCUACGAACGUUUGCCUGUCAAGCUUACCAGCCCAGAUUUCAAUGCUCCUCGCUUCAAGACCAACAUUCUGUUGCAAGCUCACUUUUCUCGUAUGCAGCUACCUCCGGAUCUCCAGUCAGACCAGGCCAUGGUUCUCGGUCGUAUUAUUCCCCUAUUGCAGGCCUGUGUGGAUGUGAUUUCAUCCAACGGCUGGUUGUCUCCUGCACUUGCUUCUAUGGAGCUGUCUCAGAUGAGUGUUCAGGCUAUGUGGGAUCGCGACUCUCCUCUCAAGCAGGUGCCUUACUUUACCAACGAGGUUAUCAAGAGAUGCGAAGCCAACCAAGUCGAAUCUGUGUUUGAUAUUAUGGAGCUUGAGGAUGAUGUUCGGAAUGACGUUCUCCGUAUGGACCCCAGCAAGUUGCGCGAGGUCGCACGGUUUGUUAAUCGUUACCCUAACAUUGAACUUGGUUUCGACGUUGGAGAUGCGGAUUCGAUUUCUUCUGGAAAUGUGGUUAAUGUCAAGGUUCAGUUGGAACGUGAAUCCGAAGAUAAUGAAGAGAUUGGUCCUGUGGUAGCACCAUUCUUCCCUCAGAAGAAGGACGAGGGUUGGUGGAUUGUCAUUGGUGACCCUGAACAGAAAGUGCUGUUGGCCAUUAAGCGCGUCACUCUUCAACAAAAGCUGACAGUCAAGUUGGACUUUAUUGCUCCUAAGGCUGGCCAUCACAAUCUUAAGGUUUAUUUGAUGUCAGACAGUUAUAAUGGCUGUGAUCAAGAGCUUGAUAUGGAGUUGGAUGUAGCGGAAGGAGAAGACAGUGACGAAGAAAUGAGUGAAGAAGAGUCGGAUGCCGAGUAGAGGUUAUUAUUUUAUUUGCUCCCCUUUUUUUUAAAACAAUAAAAUAAAUAAAAAAAUAAAUACAUAAUUUAUAUAUAUAUAUAUACACAUACACUUAAACACGAACACAAGAAUAAUAUAUAGAUACAAGAUAAAUAUAAUAAAAAUAUACUUCUUUAUGAGUC